GGCAAUUGUGAGGUGAUUAGGGAGAAAGCUAGAUAGAGAGAGAGAGAGAGAGAGAGAGAGGAGGAGAAUAAAGCUAGCAAAUAGUAGAGUUCUCUGCAUUUUCUACGACCCAAUAAUCAAAACGAAGUGUUGUUCUCGUGAGCAGCCUUCGCCGCCCCUUGAGACAGAGAGAGAGAGAGUGGUCGCCGGAGGAAUAAUGACUGCCGGCGGAUCAUCAGGGCGUUUACCGACCUGGAAGGAGAGAGAGAACAACAAGAGGAGAGAGAGGAGGAGAAGAGCUAUUGCUGCCAAGAUAUUUACAGGUCUCAGAGCUCAGGGAAACUACAAGCUUCCCAAACACUGCGACAACAACGAAGUCUUGAAAGCUCUCUGUUCCGAAGCUGGUUGGGUCGUCGAAGACGAUGGCACCACUUAUCGCAAGGGUUGCAGACCUCCCCCAAAUCAAACUGAGAUUGCAGGCAAUACAACAAACAUAAGUAACAUCAGUGCAUGUUCAUCGAUCCAACCGAGCCCAAAUUCCUCAUCCUUUCCAAGUCCUGUACCGUCUUACCACGCCAGCCCAACAUCCUCUUCCUUCCCAAGCCCCACACGUUUUGACGGAAACCCCUCAUCUUACAUUCUGCCUUUCCUCCGAAACUUAGCCUCCAUUCCUUCGUCUCUCCCUCCCCUCCGCAUAUCCAGCAGUGCCCCUGUAACUCCGCCUCUUUCUUCCCCAACUUCCCGAGGUUCAAAGCGAAAGGCCGAUUGGGAAUCAUUUUCCAAUGGCUCAUUGAACACAUUCCGUCACCCCCUUUUCGCUGCCUCUGCCCCAGCAAGUCCCACUCGCCGCCACCAUCUUACACCGGCCACAAUUCCAGAAUGUGAUGAGUCCGAUGCCUCCAGUGUUGAUUCGGGUCAGUGGGUCAGUUUCCAGACAGGGGCAGCUCCGGCUGCUCCAUCGUCCCCAACAUUUAACCUUGUAAAAGCUGUUGCUCAGCAGAGCUCCCUCCAAAAUGGAACUGAUGGGCAUGAAGAAUUGGGCUGGGGAGUAGCAGCACAAAGAGGGCGUGGCUCUGAAUUUGAGUUUGAGAGUGGCACAGUGAAAGCGUGGGAGGGUGAGAUAAUUCAUGAUAUUGGAGUGGACGAUUUGGAGCUCACGCUUGGGAGUGGAAAAGCCCACACUUAAGCUUCCUGUGUGACUUAAUGGUCAUGGAAUGUAAUAAGAGGUGGAAAGAGCUUUCCAUGUAUGCGAUCAAAUGAGCAAACUUCAUUUCUGGUUUGUCAAUGGUCACUCCUUUUCUAUGAGCCAAUUUGUGUGGCAUAGCUCUCAAACUUGCCUGUAAUUUCUGCCACAUUCUGGGAGACUUUGAUUUCCAGUGAGGUCUCUUCUGUCAGCUGCACACUUUCUUCUCAUGGCACUGUUACAGGAAUCUAAACCUCUGAAAUUUAGUUGGUCAAAAGCAGAUUUUCAGGUUGGCUUUGUCGUGGGACUGCAUUUCUCAACCGUCACGGGCUAGGAAAGACUGAAGUAAGUGAAUGGGUGGUUAUUUUCCCUCUUCCCCUUGUUUAUGUUUGUAACUUUUUUCCUUUGAAUAUGUCAACAACCAUCUGAACCUAUUUAAUUGUCAUCAAACUCAGAAAUAGGGAUUGUGUGCUAUUUCUUUGAUUUGGUAAUUUGUAGACAAUGUGAAGAAACAUAAACUCGAAACCAUUUAAGUUUAUUUGUGUUGUCUGUUGUGUUUGCAAGAAAACCCUUCUUGCUUUGCAUUCGUUCA